UGUGUGUGCGGGCGGAAUGUGCCGACCCUCCCGUGAGUUAGUCCGGAGCAUGAGGUGCGGGACGGCGGAGGAGGCGCGAGGAGCAGCAGCGGGGCGCGCGCGGACCGGUCCCACAGUGCGCACGAGGAAAACGCGCGCGCCGAAAAGUGUGUGAAGAGCGAGAGAGAGAGAGAGAGAGCGAGAGAGAGAGCCGGAAGUCAUGGGCAUCCAGCACCUCCUGCUGCUCCUCAUCUACCUGGAUCCGCUGUGCGCGAGCAAGAGACAUGGGAAGCACGCGCCGCGGCGCACCGCCAAAGCCAGGGAGCUCAACGGCACCGCCACCGCGGCCGCCCCGACAGCGCGCGCGCCCGUCCCGCGGGUCCGCGCGCCCUCCCCGGCCGGGGGAGACCACGACACGUGCCUGGGUUAUUACGACGUGAGCGGCCAGUACGACAAGGAGUUCGCGUGCAACAACACGGAUCACCGGUACUGCUGCGGCAGCUGCUUCCUGCGCUUCUGCUGCCCGGUGCGCGGCAAGAGGCUCGAGCAGCGCGCGUGCACCAACUACAACACGCCCGACUGGGUGAAGACGCAGCCGCCGUCUCCCGCGCCGACCGCCGACACCUACGACCCCGCGCUGGACCGCACCAACACCACCGUGUACAUCACGUGCGGCGCCAUCGCGCUCGUGCUGCUGCUCGGCAUCGCCGCCAAGGUGGCGUACGACAAGGCCACGCGCCCGCCGCAGGAGAUGAACGUGCACAGGGCUCUGGCAGACAUCCUCCGGCAGCAGGGUCCUGUCCCUGCCUCACAUUACGAGCAGGAGAACAUGGCGACCAUGGAUGGCUCACCGAAAGACAGCACACCUGUACGCAGCAACAAGAACCACUACACACCUGUACACAACAAAAACAACCAUGGGCAUCACGGGAAGGAUAAUUUCCGCAGCGCUCAGGACAUGCACAACUUCAUCUCCUCUGGGUUCGUCACACUCGGCCGAGGACCUUUGAAAGCUCAACACUCAGUGGAUGAUCUGGGGUGGCAGGGAGACCUGGACAUCCCUCUGUCAUACGGUAACCAUCAUCAUGACUACAUGAGCCAUGUGGACCUCACUGGAUCUCACACACCUAAAAUCGGAUACAGAAUAGAGCGCUACGAAAAGCCUCGGAUGAACAACAUCCUGACGUCACAGACAGAGCCGUACGAUCUGUCGUUCUCUCGUUCCUACCAGAACCUCACUCACCUCCUGCCUUCGUACGACAUACCACUGAAAUCCGAUCUCGGUGAUGACAGCUAUUAUGGGAGGAAGCUCCACCUACCUGAUGUGACUCCGAAGCUGGUGAAAUUGGCUCCGGAGACACCAAUUCAGCGAGUGAAACCACGUCGUGUGCAACGUGCAAUGUCUCAGGACCAUGUUCUCUCACCUGUUGUCUCACGGCGCGACUAUGUCGCACCCGCGUACACAUUUUCGCAGGAUCUGCUCUCAGCCGAUCGCUUGCAAUCCCGCGAUCCUUUGCUCUCGCCGGACAAGCUGCUGUCUCUGCGGCGAGCUGAUUUCCGUGAGAAGUCGAUGGCUCGUGCCCUCUCACACACGGACAUGUUUGUGCCUCCCACGCCCACCAUCGAGCGACACCACAGGAUGGCGAAGGUUCACUCGCACUCACAGCAGAGUGACGGUGCCAGCGACGACGGGUACAGAGGGAACAAUGGGCUACUGAGUGUCAGUGGCAACAAGAGGCAAGCAUUCGCCUCGAGACGGACACACACAGUCGACCACUUGCAGUAUAUACCUGGACACCACCAUCAUCAGUACCGCACGGCGAGCAAGAACGAAGUGACAGUGUGA